AUGUCAAAUGAGAUGAAACCAAAUCCACGAGAAUUUCAUGUCCAUGUCCUCCUGGAGCUCCUCCCAACAUUGCUUCAGGGCAAAGGAAUACAAUCACACCUGGAAUCGGAAAAUUUGGCUACUUCGACAAAGGGAAUCGGCACUACAGACGACGAUGAAAGAGGCGGCGCCGCUGGAGGGGUUGUCGACGACGAAGUCGAUGGUGAAGGGAAGCAGCUCGGAAAAGGGUUGAGUGGGAGAAACGAACGCUGACUGAAGACGACGCAAUCACGCAAGGAGAGUGGUCGACAGGAAGUCAGGAAGCACCGAAGCAAGCUCUCGACGCACUGCUUUAGUUGUUUGAACGAUUUGCCAUUUGACGAUUUCUCGAUUUUCCGUUUUCACGACGCAUCAGGGCCGACGGACUCGUUCCAAUCGUCUUCUCCAUUUGCCCACUCAGACGACGUCAUCCCUAGGUUGCUCCGGCGACAUCUUCAAAGAUUCCAGUUCCUCCAUAAACAUUCUGCAGAUUAUGGCACUAGCCGUGGAGGAGGCGGCAGUGAUCGUAAGAGGAGGAGAUCUGAUUUUAUUGAUGAUGUUGCUGAGGAAGAUGAAGAUGAAGAGGAGGAGUACGAUGAAGAUGAUGAAGAUUAUGGUGGCGGCGGCGGUGGUGGUGGUAGCCGUCGCAGAGGAGGAGGGAAAGCAUCAAAAAAAGCAUCUGGUGCUGGUUUCUUUGAGCUUGAAGCCGACGUUGACACAGAUGCUGAAGAAGAGGAGGAAGAAGAUGGCGAAGAUGACUUCAUAGUGAAUGAGAGAGUUGAUCCGCAUGAAGAAGAGGGUGCGAGAAGGAUGCAUCAUCGUCCUUUGCUUUCACGUGAAGAUGAUCAGGAAGAUGUUGAAGCUCUUGAGAGAAUAAUUCAGGAGAGGUUUGCUAGAAACCGAACAGAAUAUGAUGAUGAUGAUGCCACAGAGGUGGAACAACAAGCUCUCUUACCAUCUGUUCGUGAUCCCAAAUUAUGGAUGGUGAAAUGUGCGAUUGGUCACGAGAGAGAGGUGGCUGUUUGCUUAAUGCAAAAGUGCAUUGAUAGAGGUUCCGAGUUGCAGAUUAGAUCAGCUAUUGCCCUUGACCAUUUGAAGAACUAUGUCUACAUUGAAGCAGAUAAAGAAGCCCAUGUGAAAGAGGCUUGCAAGGGUAUGCGUAAUAUAUUUACAGGCAGUAAGAUUUUGCUGGUGCCUAUAAAGGAAAUGACUGAUGUUCUUUCGGUUGAGAGCAAAGCAAUUGAUCUUUCAAGGGAUACUUGGGUCAGAAUGAAAAUUGGUACAUACAAAGGGGACCUUGCAAAGGUUGUGGAUGUGGAUAAUGUUAGGCAGAGGGUUACUGUGAAACUAAUCCCAAGGAUCGACUUACAGGCCUUGGCAAACAAAUUGGAGGGUAGGGAGGUUCCAAAGAAGAAGACAUUUACCCCUCCACCACGCUUUAUGAAUGUUGAUGAAGCAAGAGAAAUGCAUAUUCGUGUUGAGCGGAGGAGAGAUCCAAUGACUGAGAAAGUAGAAGAAGGCACUGUUCAUAUUAAACCACAUGCGACUGGACUUCCCAAAACUCUUGCUGUAAGUGAAAGAGAGCUCUGCAAAUACUUUGAGACAGGGAAUCAUGUGAAAGUUGUCUCUGGUGCACAAGAAGGUGUGACUGGAAUGGUUUUAACUGCUAAGGGGCAUUUGGUUAACAUGGUGUCAGAUACUACCAAAGAAGUUCUACAAGUAUUUUCUGACAAUGUUGUGGAGAGCUCUGAAGUAACAUCUGGCAUCACCAAAAUUGGGGAUUAUGAGCUUCAUGAUCUUGUACAGCUGGAUAAUUCCAAUUUUGGUGUGAUCAUACGUGUUGACAGUGAAGCCUUUCAGGUUCUCAAGGGUGUUGCAGAUAGAGCGGAGGUUGAACUUGUUAGGUUGAGAGAUAUUAAAUACAAGAUUGAUAAGAAAUUAAAUGCUCCAGAUUAUUAUAAGAACACAGUAUCAGUGAAAGAUGUAGUUAAAGUUCUUCAGGGCCCAUGCAAGGGGCGACAAGGUCCGGUUGAGCAUAUUUACAGAGGAAUUCUGUUUAUAUACGAUCGGCAUCAUCUGGAGCAUGCAGGAUUUAUCUGUGCGAAAUCUCAAGCAUGCGUAUUGGUUGGCGGGUCCCUUGGAAAUGGUGAUAGAAAUGGCAAUCCAUUGGCAUCAAGAGUUGCACAACUUAGGAAUCCCAACCGUAUUCCUAAUUCCCCGGGUAGAUCUACCAGAGGAGCCCCACCACUACCUGGUGGGAGGAACAGAGGUGGUGGCAGAGGGUUUAAAGAUUCUUACGUUGGAACACGCAUUAUAAUCCGCCAAGGUCCCUUCAAAGGAUACAGAGGCCGGGUUAAGGAUGUUAGUGGCACAUCAGUUCGGGUCGAGUUGGAGUCACAAAUGAGGGUUGUUACAGUUGAUCGGACUCAUGUCUCUGAUAAUGUGAACAAGACGGCCCCAUAUCGUGAGACACAUAGGUAUGGGUCUGGAAGUGAGACACCUAUGCAUCCUUCACGAACCCCACUCCAUCCAUAUAUGACGCCUAUGAGGGAUUCUGCAGCAACACCUAUUCAUGAUGGAAUGAGGACGCCUAUGCGUGACAGAGCAUGGAAUCCAUACGCACCCAUGAGUCCUGCCAGGGAAUCUUGGGAAGAUGGAAACCCUGGUUCUUGGGGAAGCAGUCCUCAGUAUCAACCGGGAAGUCCUCGUUCAAGAGCAUAUGAAGCACCAACUCCCGGUUCAGGAUGGGCCAAUACUCCUUCUGGUGGAAGUUACAGUGAAGCUGGCACACCAAGGGAUAGUAGGGAUAGGGAUACCACCCCUGCCUCCUAUGGUAAUGCUCCAAGCCCUUACUUGCCAUCGACACCUGGUGGACAGCCGCCCAUGACACCAAGCUCAACAUAUUUACCUGGUACACCAGGCGGCCAACCAAUGACUCCUGGUGGUGGUGGGUUGGAUAUGAUGUCACCUGUAGUAGGUGGGGAUAACGAUGGACCAUGGUUCCUGCCAGACAUAUUGGUGAAUGUACGCAGAUCAGGUGAAGAUGCUGUCGUUGGUGUCAUCCGAGAAGUGCUAUUGGAUGGGGCAUGUCGAGUAGCUGUUGGUGGGGAUGUGAUCACUGCCAGCCCGAACGAGAUGGAGGUGGUAGUGCCAAGGAAGUCAGACAAAAUAAAGAUAAUGGGUGGGCCCCAGCGUGGGGCUACAGGGAAGCUCAUUGGUGUGGAUGGCACAGAUGGAAUCGUUAAAGUGGAUGACACUCUUGAUGUUAAAAUAUUAGAUAUGGUCAUUCUAGCCAAGUUAGCACCACCACAUUAAUUCCUCCUUCUCCUCCUACUCCUCAUCAUAAGUUUUGAAACCUCCCUCCCUCCCUCCAGGCUUGUACAUUAUGAUUAUAUAUUUUGGAUUAUAUAUGACUGACUUGACUAUCAGUAUUCAGUAGUAGUAAGUAGCUAGCAUUAGCAAGCCCCCCUAAAUACGCACGUUUCAUUUUGUUUUGUUGGUUAGACAAGUUCAUUUCCAUGUGUUCAGUUGUGUUGUGUUGUGUUGCAAACAC